AAAAGUACGUACAAAAUAAUGUCAUGUCGUCUUUCUGCUGCAUCUCAAUAAAAUUGAAUUAAAUUCAGUGUCGACAUUACUAAUUUAAUUAUCUUUCAUACAAUAUUAUUAAUAAGACAGGUCAUCUGGUGUCCAUUUUAUUAUGGUAGAAUUAAGGUGAUGGACAUUCCUGCUAUCAUCAUUGAGACAAGCAAGUAAUGCUUCGUUACCACCACAGAGCUCGAAGGCUUUAGCUUUCGUAACACAGAAAAACGAUUGACCAAGAAGAAUGUUUAGCAUGAACGGAUCAGAUUUCCCCCCUGUGAAAGAGGACACAUUUUGUAAAUAUGUUUUAUACUACGAGAUAAAUAAUUCAAGGGUUCGGAUUUGGGAUUUGAUAAUAUUGAUACCGAAUGCGUUGUUUGUGCUUUUCUUAGUGGUAAGAUUUAAUAAGGCUCAGUUGAAACUGCGUGCUACAAGUAGUCCUAUAUUUCUGACAUUCUACACUUUGGUGUGGGGAAAUGUGAUCAUAAGCCUGGUGCGAUGUGCUGUGUCCAUGACGGUGAACGCGGCGAUGCCGCUGGGAGGCCUGGUGGACAAGAUCCUGUGGGUGACAGUGAGAUUCUUUCUGUUGGCCACAGAAAUGAGUGUCGUCAUAUUUGGGUUGGCUUUUGGACACUUGGACAGCCAAAGCAGCAUCAGAUAUGUUCUCCUGGCAACGUCGCUCAUAUCCCUUGCUUUCACCAUCACUCAAGGCACAUUAGAGAUUGUCAUGCCGGAUGACAUGUUCCACAUUGAUAACAGGGACUACAACCUGUUCGGACACGGUGGAAUGUUAUUCUGGUUCACAUCGUCUCUAGUCUUCGCUCUCAUUUACUUCCUCAUAUUGUUGCUGCCAUGGAUACCACUUCGGGACUAUUUGGCUUUACCGAUGUUUAUUCCAGCCAAACUAUCGUUCUACCUGUACGUGUUGCUACUGGCGCUUCUGGACACGACCCAGGCGGUUGGCGCAGGCCUACUGGCCUGGGGCUCCAUGCAGUCCGGCCUCUGCAUCGUGGACGUGACUACAUGGCUCUACUUCUCGUUGUACACGCCGCUUGUGUACCACACUUUUCUCAGCGAGUUUUUCAGUGUAUCUCAGCCGAGCAUCAUGUUCUCGUACAAGGCUCAGAUGGACGAGCCUAUGGACGACGACCAGGUGUCUCUGCCGCACCAGCAAAGCUUCAGCUCCUUGAAGACCGAUUCUGACUACAUCUAUCAGCAGAGCAACAGUGUAUACGACAGCACGCUAUUCGAAGCCGGGGGCACCACGCCCAUGAAUCCAGUGUACAGCGCCUCUCUCCAAAGCCCCGACUCCAUCGCCUCAGGCCAGUCCAUAGACCUAGCCCCCGGCUUCCACACCCAGGCGCCGCCCACAUAACCCGCCCGGUACAACCACGUAUAAACAUCCAAAGAAACAUUACUAUAGUAUAGUGAUACUAUAACGAGUUAACAUAAGAAUAUUAGUGUUAUUUGAUACCUGAUUUCCUUUUCAGAGAAUCUCAGUAGAACUGAAACAUUGUAAUCUCUUGUCGCAGUAAUCUACCGGUUAGUUUUGUGAUAGACAGAGCCAGUGAUCAAAUCGAAUUUCUUGAGACUGCUUUACAUCCCAUUUCUGCUUUAAGUCUAUGUAAUGGAUCCAUCCAUAAAUCUGACAUUAGAUUAUAUUAGCUAUAUAAAUGCUACUUAAAUUGUAUAUAAGGUUUGUUCUAUUUAGGGAUUUGUGAUUAUGUUAUUGUUAAUACAAAUAAUGGGAUUAUUAUCGAAAUUUCCACUACACCUAAUCGUUUGGGAACUUUGUUGGGACAUCAGAAUUAUACUUUUUUCUCACCGAAAGCGCUUAAUGGAGCCGGGUUGAAGGGAUUUCGGCGAUAAUCGAGACUUGAAAGCAGUUUGCAGCAAUUAACAUUUCCUCUGUGAAGAGUAGCCUUUGAUCAUAAAUCUUUAGGGCAUGCUUUAAUAAAGCAUAAGCAAUUUCAAAAUAACACCACAUUCUAAAAUCUUUAAAAUUAUGUCAUCAUUAAAAGAUUAAAUAUUGGCAUCCAGUAACCCGACAUCUUAAGGUGGUCCAAGAAACAAAGAAAGAAAAUAACUUUCUCUAUCUUCGAAAUCGAAUUAUAUUUUUGAAAUUGUUUAUUAAGCCUUAUAUCGAGCGUGCACUUCACGGACAAUAGAUUUUUUUAAACCGUUACAAUACGGCUGUGGCUGAAAACGAUUAAAUGUAAAAAUAGGAUGUGCGGAAGACUCGUACUAGCAGGAGAUUGUGUACAUUUUGAAUAGAAUGUACGUUAUAGAAUAACUUGGUAGAUUGUUAAUUAUUCUGUAGCACCUUUUUAAAAUCUUAGGGUACUUACAUGAUAAUUUUAUUGGGUUGGUAAUUUGACAUUAAUGAAGUAAUUUUAGUUUGGUAAAGUAUCACUAAAUAUUUAGUUACCUACUUGUGUAGGAAUACAUUUUGCCAAAUUGUGUUGCAAUCGUUUUAAUCAAUUUGGUCAUAUCUUUUUCCUACCUCAUUGAAUGUCACAUAUCUCAAUAAUUUUAUCAAAUUAAAAGCAAUUGAGUGUAUUUUACGAUGCGUCGUAUUUGAAUUUUUGUGUCCCUUUUAUAAAUGAAUGAAUGUCUUAAGACUUCGGCUUCAUGUUGAAAUAUACAGUAUUCUGCCUCAAUUUGAAGUAUUAAGUAUUUAUAGAGGGUGGAUAUUUGUGUAGUUUGCUACCGAAGUGAGUGCUACAGAUGGAUUAUUUGUAAAUAUUAAAGUCGGCUAUUAGAGUGCUAUGAAACAUUGUGUGAUUUACACUAAUCGGUUUUUUUAUAUAUUAUUUUAUUGUACUGUGAUGAUAUUUACUUAUUGUAAUGUUUUGUUGUUGAUUUUAUAUUUUCUUUAUUUGUAAAAAUAAUCUGAAAGGUUGUAGUAGGUCAGCCUGGUGUUUAAUUUCAAAUAAUUGAUUUAUUGUAACAAAUCAGUUUUGGAUAUGCUUGCAAAAUGUUUUGAAGGGUUGCCAUUUGAAAAGUUUUAAUUUAUUGUCAGUAAUUUGUAAAUACUUUUAUGUCAAAAAACUUAAUUUCAGGUCAGAUUCCUUGAUGUUUGCUAUCUGCUUUUAUUUGAAGAAUGAAUUUCACUUGGAAAAAUGUAAUGUUUUUUUUUAAAUAACGAAGGAAAAUUUAAUUUUGUUCCGUGGUGAAAUUAUCUAUUGGAAAGUUACUCCAAAUACAUAAUUGAUAGCAGCCGGCCGGCUGUUUCCCGUCCAUUAUUACAAAUUAUGUGUUACCUACAUAUUAUUUAGAAGAGAGUAAACAUCUAGGAAUCUAACCUCAUGGUAAUCCUGGUCAGGCACCAUCAUUUUAGAUAGAGGUAACGGAAAGUUGAAGUUUCCAUAAGGAAAUAUAUUUUAUCCCUUACAAAUGCUAGUUGCAUUUUAAACUGUAUGUCGAAGGUUUUAUGGUUCAAUAUGAUCACCAUGCUAUGUCAAUUGGUCAAAUGAAUCGGACUACAAUUCCGUAUUUAGCCGGUGACGAACAUGUCAAUUUUCCUCCUUUUAUAUUGUGAUACUUCACAUGUAUGUAGUGGUCAUGUGAAACCUAAGUGAUAUUUUGGUUGAUGGCGUAUUACAUAUUUUUUGUUGUUUUGUCUCAUAGGCAACUAAUAAAGUACUCUUCUAUUAGAA